AAACGAUGGGCUGACCUUUCCACCUCGGCCAGGACUGCAGCGUCACUCACAGCGUGAACUGAAAACUCAUCUCCUCGCUAAACACUUCACAUCGCUCUCCGCUCAGCCUUCCUUCUCCACUCGCAUCUGAUUUGAAUCCUGCUUGACAAAAAGGCAUGAAGACACAAGCCUGUCGAAACCCCAGCUGGAGUCUGUCGAAGGCCCUGUGUGGCCUGGUCCUGCUCCCAGCAUGGCAGGUCUGCAGCAGAGAAACCAUAUAGGAAUAUUCUGUUACCUGGGGGAAGACGAUCAAGCUUCUGCGGAAUCGACAAAUGUCCCAGAGGUUUUGCCUUGAAGAAGAGUCAUCAGUGAGGAAAAACUGGAGAAACUGAGGUGCUGAAAACACGGACUGGCAAAAGCAGUAAAACUGGAAAACCUGAACACACGGGAAAACAAAGCACUGCAGAGGUGGAAUCACACAAAGGAGUCUCUCUUCACCUCUGCAGGAGCUGAGAAAACCGAACCUGGCGCUGCCGUGUAGCUCGACUCCUGUGUUUUACUCUAAAAGCCAAGAUGCCAGAAACAGCAGAGGCUGUGUCAGCCACUCUCUCCACCAACAGAAACUGCACCAUUGAAAUAACCAAUGUCACCAGUGGCUACUGUCUCACUAACCCCAGGGUGUACAUGGAAAGUGGCUUCAGUAAUCAUUCACCACAGCCCACCAUCCAGGUAAACAAGACUGAAGUGUGCUCCUUCGUAAAAGAUGACAACACCGCCACCGGAGCUGUUGGCCUUUUGACCUAUGACCUCUUCCAUAUGCAGAGCCGGGUUUGCUCUGAUCGCAUGGUCAUCAUGUUCUCUGUACCCUUUGACCACAACCUGUACAACAACCGGCUGGCUGUGGGCAUAGUGGAGCAGUCCCAUGCCUGUGACAAAAAUCUGUACAAGCAGAUGUAUGAUGGGAAAGAUCUCAGUAACCUUACCCGCUCUGAUAAACCUGGUAGUGGGAUAAGGUUUAAGGGGAAGUAUAUGGAGAUGAGAGCUACAAUGUCCAGUAUCGGUCGAGCUAUUGUUAAAGUGGAUCUCUAUGACACGAUGAAUACACUGUAAAAGAUUCUUCUGAUCUCUGCCUUAUUGUACUUUUUUGGCAAUUUUGGUACCCAACAGAAUAAAUAAACUCCAUUUGAUUUGACUGCUGUUGUAUGCCUUUGUACUGAGACACAUCGAGAAGACUGAUUUUGCUGUCAUCUGUAUUUUGUGGCGCUGAAAGAUAUCAAUAUCUGACAGCCAGCUCAUUGAUUCUCCAUUAGCUUACUUCUUGGCCUUAUGUGUAUUCUAAACCCCCUUUUUUUCUUUAUUAUGGUAAUAAAACAU